AAGGCACUGAUGACUUCUCACUUGAAAGUGUAAGAAGCGAGCAGCACGAUUUGAAGAGGCCUAUUUGUUUUUGCAAGAGCACAUGCUCAAAACGCUCAGGAAGAAGGCCAGGCUGUCCUUGCAAAGACGCAAAUUUAAAAUGUAGUGAACAGUGCAUGUGUGGCAAAAAAAGUCGAGGCACAGUUGUGAAGUGGUGCUCAAACGGAAAGCCAGAGUCCAUUCAGGCAAAACCAGCUGGAGGAAAUCAAGCCAGAAAUCAGGGUGGAAGCCAGGAUGUAAUCCUUUCCAUAGAGCAGGAAAUAGAGCUUGCAAGGUUGAGUGUGCAGAAUAUAAUCAAUGACCUAACACUUGAAACACUUCAACAGCUCACUAUUGAAUUAGCUGUCAGUGGCGAGGGAAGCUUAGAGUUUGUGCGGGACCUGAUAGAUACCAUACAGCGCCCAGAGGAGCCACUUCAAAGACCAAAUUUGCAAAUUUGGUGUAAAUGUGGGAUUUGUGUUGACACUGGGCAUCCAGCUGAAAACAAGUGUUGUGACAGGAAAGUCUGUGUGACUGCCUACAGAAUGUUUGGAAAGCUCUGUCUGGACAGAGAUGUCCUACAGCUUAAUAUUACUGCAAGAUGUGAUAUUCGUGCAGACCCUAUGGAUUUUUCUAUGAAUUCAUUCAGGAAGGCUGCAUAUAGGCAGUUCACAUUGUGGAAGUAUGGCAGGCUAGGCAGAGGCAAUCGAAGGAUUCUCCCAUCAUGUGUGGUCAAGAUAAUUAGAGAAGCUUACCCAUCACCCGAUGGGCAGUAUAUGGGGUUUAAGAAUAACUAA